GCCAGUUUAAAGGAGCUGUGUGUUUGUCAGCUGAGGGUGUGGUGUGACAUCAGCCUCUGUGUGUGGGCUUUCUGUGUGUGGACUUUCCACUCAUCAAGGGAGGGUGAUGCUUUUAUAAUUAGACCAAAGGACUGUCAAACCUCUAGCCGGAGACCUUCAAAGUGUCACUGGCCCUCCGGCUACGAUGUGGCAGCUUCCUGUUUACCCAUGCGCGGCCCUUCUUCUUCUCUUCUCCUCUAUCAUCUUGCUUAACAGGACGCGGUGAAUUUAAGAACAACUGAGCAAGUGGGCUAAAUCUCAAUCCGGCUAUCUCUGCAGUCCCACCACCCUGCCUGGCACUCAGACUGUCUCCGUCCGUCUCUGCCUUCUCUGGCCACGUAGACCUCUGCCUCUGUUCUUUCAUAACUCCAUUAAUCCACAACAUUGCGGCCUCUCACAGGCACCAGAAGUUAAGGGUGACAAGUGUCAAGGACUGGACAUUCUUCCAAAAACUCAAAGUAGAACGUGUCAGUUUCACUUCAAGUUUAAAAAGAAACUCAGUCCCUGAGCUUUUUGGCUUGUUUGUUGUUGUUCAGUUGCCAGUCUCUUGCAGACCACCGUGUUAUUUGUGUCAAACAAUCACAGCUGCAUUCAUUCACCUUCCACAGGAAGCUGGUCAGCUCAGACCAGCAGUUUCCCUUCAGCUCGAAACAGUAGAGGUGAAGAACAAAAAUAGGCCACACUGAAGCCUCAACCUUGAUAGGCUGAUACAUAUUCAUAUGAAAAGGAGGAAGUGCUCUGCGCUGAGUAUAGCGCUGAUGUUUUGAUAAUGUCUCACGGCUCCGGCUGUGACAGCGCGCCUUGGGGAUUGCUAUUUAUGAAACUUUUACCAACCGCUCUCUCGUGGUGUUUGGCAGCACGAUCCAAGAGCGUGAUACCUGGAGAGGGAGCCCCCGGGCCGGGCUCACCACGCUCCUCCAGGUCCAUGGAGAGGCCGCUGAAGGCUGGCUGGCUCAAGAAACAGCAGAGGAGUUUAGUCAAGAACUGGCAGCAGCGCUACUUUGUGCUGAGGGGAAGCACUUUGACUUACCACAAAGAUGACAAGGAGACCACGGUCCAGGGAGUCAUCCAGCUGCGCUUCAGCAAAGUUAAUGAACUCCCUCCGAACUCUGAUGAUCCUGGGAAAUACCUCUUUGAGAUCAUACCACGUACGACUGGAGACAGAGAGCGGUGUCCCUAUGUGUUCAUGGCAAACUCCCAGAGUGACAUGGAGGAAUGGGUCCGCACUCUGCGCAGAGUCAUCGGAGUGCCAACAAGUGGAGUUUUUGGAAAGGGUCUCAUGGACACAGUAACAUAUGAACAACGUUUUGGGCCUCACACGGUGCCAAUCCUGGUGCAGAAGUGUGUGGAGUUCAUUAAAGAGCACGGCUUGGACGAGGAGGGCAUCUUCCGCCUCCCGGGUCAGGACAACGCUGUGAAACAGUUCAGAGAUGCCUUUGAUGCAGGAGAGAGGCCCUCCUUCCCCAGUGACACAGACGUCCACACGGUGGCAUCACUGCUCAAGCUGUACCUGCGGGAGCUGCCUGAGCCUGUGGUGCCGUGGACUCAGUACCAAGACUUCCUGGACUGCACCAACAUGCUGGACACCAGCAGCUCAGAGGGUUGGGACAAGCUGGACAAACAGAUUGCUCUCCUCCCCAGAGCCAACUACAACCUUCUUAGUUACGUCUGCCGGUUUUUGUUUGAGGUGCAGCUGCACUCUAAGGUGAAUAAGAUGAAUGUGGAGAACUUGGCCACAGUGAUGGGGAUUAACCUGCUCAAACCUCAGAUAGAGGACCCAAUCACUGUGAUGAAGGCGACUCCACAGAUCCAGAAGCUGAUGACAGUGAUGAUCAGACAGCAUGAGACUCUGUUUCCUCUCUCCAAAGACGUGCUCCCCUCCCCUCCCUCAAAGAAGGCGGAAAGCCAGAAGAACACUCCCCGGAGCUUCGUGGGCUGGGAGUCCGCAGAGAUGGGUGAUGCAUCUCUGUCUGAGUCUCCAGAAGAGGAGGAUGACAAUGACAGUCCAGGUCCAGACAGAGGAAGCUUCAGCCCCCAGUACACCCCUCAGGAGCCCCUCUCCCCCUCCUCAGACGACUGGGCCGGAAGUCCCCGCAAACGUACUCAGACCCUGCCCACCUUCAACUGUCCUCUCACCGGGAUGGCAGCCAAGACGGACGCCCUCAACCGGUGGAGUCGCAUUCAGGAGAGCACCGAGGAGAAGAGUGGGACAUUUGCUGAGGACAUUUUUAAGAUACUGGACUUGCGGAGUUCAGGUUCAUUGUUCGGGGGGUCUCAGAUCAGUAACAAAGAGGGAGAGGAUAGGUUAACAGCCCGGAGAGGAAGUGAUAACACAGGUUCUUCUACUGCUGGCUCCCCAAAGCCUAACAGUGACCCCCGGCCUGCCCCAGUGCUCACUCAUCAGAAGAGUGUUGGGAGCCUGACAGUGAGCGGUUCAGUUCAGCAGGUCAACAGCAAGUCUGAGCAGAAGAACGAUAACCAGCAGCUGAUAGACAGUCUGCAGCAAGAGAACAAGGAGCUGAAGGCCACAGUGGCAGAGCUCCAGUCUGCUCUGGAGGCAGAUCGCCGCCGUGUGGCCGCCCUGGAGAUCUGCCUGAGAAAUGCUGAGCGCAGCCGAGAUGAAGCUCAGAGACGCAACGAGGAGCUGCAAAGAGACAUUCAGCAGUUCCUCACCAAACAGCCACAAGCUCCCACCUAAUGGUCAUUUUCAGACUCACUAGUAUAUGGAUUUGUGACUUUGUUAUCUCAACAGAGCUAUUUUCACAUGAACUGGUUAUGUAAUACUAUCCACCUCUAGUGGGGCACUGGAUUGUUUCUAUUUGAGCCCUGUUUGCUCCACAGAAUAAAUUAUUGGCUCAUUUGUUUGUGCCUCUGAAUAGAGAUCUAAACAGGGUUUAAUAUCACUGUUCACAUUAAAGACUUAAGUGCAAGUUUGUUCCUCCCUGCUGCAGGAGUCAUCUCACUCUAUAUGAACUUCUGUGAUCUGAGGCUGUUACAGAGGAUAUGUAGGAAAAGACCCUUUGAUCAGAGAUCAGCUGGACUGAAUGAUGUGAAUGGUGGACAGUUCAAAUGCCAUGUGUCAUAUAUGGUUUUGAUUUCAGUCGUAAAUUAAUAAAACAGCACAAAUUGAUG